AAUUUUGCAAAAUCAUUUUAAAUUAUUCUUUUAUAUAUAAUGAGCACACUACAUGAAUAUUUCCUGAAAAUCUAUACUAUUUUUAAUAGAAAUCAAAUUUAAAGUUUGAAUUUUUAGAACCGCGCCAAAAACGCUAUUCCUGUGAUGGCGCCGGCAGAUGACGUCUGUGACGUCACACGCCAUUAAACACGAUCACGAGCUGUCAGCCGAAGUUAAUUUCAUUAUUGUGCUUGAUUUUGCUAUAAAAUCAUAGAUAAAAUGGUCUAUAAAUGGUGUGUAGUGCCAAAAUGUACGAAUACGUCUAUAAAUAGUCCACAAACAUUGUUUGUUUCUGUUCCAACCGAUUGUAAAAGACGAAAAAGGUGGUUACUAUUAGCUCGGACAGACCCAAAGGGCAUUUCAUCGACUUCAAAUGUAUUUAUGUGUGAAGAUCACUUCGAUCUACCUACAUAUCUCAAUAAUUUUCUAUGCUGUGUCAUUUUACCUACUUUGCUUAUUAGAUAGUGAUAGUUAUGUUGAAUUGCAGAUGGAAAAAGACACCAUUAACUACAUGCAGUACAAAAUGGGUUUCAGCAAGAAGAUACUUUUGACAGAAGAUGCUGUGCCAACAAAAUUUCAUUGUCAAGAAGAUCGUAAAAGACCACUGUCUGAUGCUGGACUUUCUCGAGGAGCAUAUGUCAAGAGGAAAAGAAUGGAUUUGGUCAACACAUGUUUGCAAAGUCAAAAUGCUACUGAAGCCCAAGCUGAAAGCUUACAAAAAGAUGAGAGUUUGAUACCAUACAUUAUUGAACCUCAAGGUUUAUCAAGAACUCAAGACAGAGAAACUAUUACCAACUCUAUCAUAACUGCAGAAAAAUCUGUGCAAGUAACAAUAAAAGAGAAUGUGCAUCAUAGGAGCAAAUCUGUGCAAACAAGAUGCCAGACUACAAGUAUUUCUACCUCACCAAUGAAAGUUUCUACAACAUCUCGUUCCACUUCGCCCUUUAAGAUUAAACCAUGCAGUCUUCGACCAUCACAGUCUGAAAUUGUCAAAGCAGUCAAGAGAAAUGUUUUUCUUGAAGAUGAAAAGUCAGAUAGUGAUAUUUCCUGUAUUGAAAGUGGUCGUCAUUUAUCACCUUUUGUAACUAAAUCAGCAUCAUCAUCAUCAGGGCUUACCGACUCUGAUAGUAAUGUUACAGAUGCCAAUGAGAAUAUUGAAAAAUUAGAGUGCCUCAAAAUUACUAUGCGUUCAAUCUCUAAAAAACCAAUGAUGUAUGUUGGUAUUCCAAAAGAAUGUUAUUUCUUAAUCAAAUUGUUACAUAAACACACAAGCAUAAAAGUAGAACACAUUUUGCUAUGCUUGAAAAAGAUUAGAAUGAACAGUACAUUUUCUGAACUGGAGGAUAAUUUUGGAAUAUCAUUAUCUUAUGCUAGUAAAUUGUUUCUACAAAAUAUACCAAUAAUAGCUAGUGUUUUAAGACCAUUCAUUGUAAAUAUAGAUAAAAAAUUGGUAAAAAAAAAUCUUCCUAUCUCAUUUAGACAUAACUAUCAUAAUGUCAGUUGCAUCAUAGAUUGUUUAGAGAUUUGA